GCUGAUCCACGUCACACCUCAUCCUUAUUUUCGACAACUAGAGCUUCAACAGGUGACAUCUCUUCUGCUGGCGGAAUUCAUCACCUGGUGCUAGCACUACUAAAGAAAAGAUUUACAUUACAGUCGUGUGGAGAGUGAACCGCCAAACCGAACCCAUGUACCUACUCCAGAACAGGAUUUCUCUGACCCGAGGUCGCUGCUGAAGACCGACUUAUCCGUCUUCAUAGAGCAGAUUGUUAACAUUAAUUAUGAACAGAGGAGCGUUAUAUAAGCGAGUAAUAAAGUAUAUAGGCAGAUUUACGUCCAAACCGGGGAUUUGUAAAUUAUUCAGCUAAAAAUUCCGAAUGGAAGCUGACAGACCUAUAGUUGGGUACAACAGGUCCACUGCUUUUGGUCUGAGACCGGCAGUCCAACAGCAAAUAGAGCAAUGUUGAAAGAUGACAUUUCAGAAGCUAGCAGAUCGCCUUUCUUAAAUCCGCUAACCAUAGUCCAGCGCGAAGAUUGGACACUAUACCCAAGAUAUUGACCCAGAGAGCCGGCCACUGUGCUCCAAAGACGACCACCCCCCACCGAAACAGAAGCGAGAUUAUGACAUCUAUGAUAGAAUAUGAUGACAGGCGGACUGUUGUGUCCAAGAAAGAUAUGGAGACUACCGAAUUACAUAGCUUACACCAAGGAAGUUUUCAAAACCUAGAAGCUUUAAGUUUUAUAGAGUGAACUGUUUGUUCCCAUCUUAUUGUUAGUUGUCAUUUCAUCAUACUUUGCCGGACUCUUUCGUAUGAACUGAAAUUUUAUUAACUUAAAACUACGUAAUAUACAAACAGAUCCGGGAGAUAGUCGCCCUUUUACACUGAGAAGUGACACAGUCCAAGUUUUGCUAUGUGGACCGGAAGUAACAUCUGGUACACUUCCUGGAAUUCUGGCAGUUUCAGCAGAGUCGGAAAGUCUUUGGGAAUUUGAGAGCUGACAGUUUGGGGCGGCUAUAACUUACAAAGAGGAGUGCCUGAGCCUCAUUCCCUGAUCUUAAUACAUCAAGUCGCUGUCAACCUUAGGGUUAGGUCAGUCACUGCCAGAAUCACAUGAUCGGAAAUUCACUAAUUUAGGGAACCUCCUUUUAAACUAGACCAAUAGCAUAUGUUGCAGUUGAUUUCUCUUGGAUUCUGUGGUUCGUGGACCUCAGGAUUCAGAGAGAGAGCAUUCUAACCCGAGGAGUCUUCAUAAAACUUUCGGCCGAUUGAGACACAGAACCUGCGUCACUUCGCUAGAAGUAGUACAAGAUCAAACUACAUAAGUGUAAACUAAACGAGCUACUGGUAUGUCCAGUGUUAGUUAAAUAAAUAAUUACUGAAAGUGCAACAAGUCUUGAAGUGGUGUACGUGAUUGUAGCAUAAGGAUCUUCCUGCCGUUCACAAUCCAGGCCCGUAUCACCCUCGAUAGGAACUCCUCUCUACCAUUAAGGAGCAGAACCCAGCUACUCCCGACUUUCCCUACUUGCGAGACGCCUUAAUAAUCGUACAGAAGACCCCUUGCCUACUACCACCAGCAACCAUUAUUCUCCUCCCUUCCCACAUAACUUCUCAACGUCCACGAGACAGGGAAGGAGGGCAGUGUAACUUCAGUGGAGACGUCCAGGAACACGGCGCAGGUGAGCCGCAGCACAGGGAAAGGAAGGGAUACUGGCGAAGGACAGCCACGAGUGGCGACCAACGCAUAGUGUAAAUUUGACAAUGAAGAGGAUGGCAGUUGUAAGCGGCAACUAACAGUGGUGCACUCAAGGUCAGUUAUAAGGUAUCACUAUAACCAACUGCAUCAUCCCAGGCAUGAACAUUAUACGAGUGGUGUACACUGAGCAAUAUGACAAGAAACGAGAAAGCCCGUGACAUAUUCUGGGCAAAAACAGCCAGGCGUGACCACCAUAGCAACUAGUAAUUUUUGGACGACGAACAAUAUGUGAUUGUCGUCACAUCACCAUCUUAGUAUUCAAGGUCAUUCCAAGUAGAGUUAUAGCAGUGAAAUAUAUAAAUAGGAGAAUGAUGUGAUGCGGUCACAGUUUUGUGCACGCGCAGAUGGCGAUAAAAGAUGACAGACACUUAGAACAUGCCUCGCGAUACAAUACUUUAUCGCUACCCAUUAACCUUCCCAUUAACCCUUUUAUCUUUCUCUUUAAAUACAACACUGCAUCAACAUCUCAUUCAGUCAUGUAUUAUCACGACACUUGCUGCCACUACAAAGCAGUCUGCAACUGUUCUCGCUGUUGGACGGAGUUCGCUCAGUGUCCCACUUCAAACCUUUGUGCCGACAACACUCUACGCCAACAAGCCGCCGGAAUUCUUCUUCCUCAUCAAUCUCCGUUUGACGAUACAGACGAUACAACCGAACAACUUUUCGGCCAAGAGGAAGUUACAACAUACAUUGGCUCUCUUCGGGUAAGAACUGCAAAUGUCACUAGUUUGGACAGAUCAAUCAUCCAACAAAUCCAAAUGGCCAACAUUCACAACACCAGCGGGGAAAACGAUAACACUUCCCCCAAGGAGAUAUAUUCUCUUUGGAAAUAUCCUCAGCCCACUGACCCAGGAACUUCUACAGGAAUAUUCGGCCCACCUCCGGGAACAUCAUACCCUCUCCAAAGCACCGGAACCCCUAGCCCGCCUAAACUCACACCUACAAAUUCUCCAAGUCCACAUCGACCAUCCACCCCAAUCGGAGAUGAACCUCAUCAUAUCACUCACAAACACAUCCAGCAGAACAGUCCGCCAAGCAAUCUUCCUAGCCGCCAUACGUAUACUGGGGAUAACUCCAUACACGAUGUUGAUACAGGAAGGAUCAACGAAAGAGCCUCUGUUAUCAUACUCAACAAACGACGCAUCUCAAGUGAUAACAGUCCUACUAGAAACCAAACUAAACAAAGAAGAACUUCUAACGUCGACACAACCGACAAUGGACAUCUUUACCACUCCGAUGACAGAACUACUUCGCCAUCACCGCCCAGCACUCCUUCAAACACAACUGGAAACGAUGAUCCGAGUGGAAGCCCUCCCAUCGACAUCCAACCAACCAACCACAACCUCUCCAGAUCUAUACUACACCUUCAUCCUCCACAAAACAACAUUCGAUGCCCUCCCACCAACCUCCAAAAAGUCCCCCACAUUUGCAACAUUCGACCAUGGAGACCACAUCCACAUCGUCUUCUCCGUCCGCCAUUCAAACAACGUCUCCCGUCACGUCAACUCCAUCCUAUCUUUCCUUAAAACAGGCUUGUCUGGAAAUGCAGAAGCUCAUACAAGCCUUCAACUCAUCCGCUACACAACCAGAUUCAUUUCAUAUCUCAUCCGUAAAGGUAUCUCAACAUUCAACAAGUAUGGAAAUAAAUCCCUUUCCAUCAUCAAGCCAAUCCUAGAUGCUCUUGCGAAAUAUGACAUCACUGAUUCAUCAGCCGACAACAUGCCAUGUCAGCAAUAUGUGGAAGAAAAAAAAGACCAUUCACAAGGACAACCUCACACAACGGACCAACUAACACCGGCAAAUCGCUGCUUAUGAACAUCCUCCUCUCCGAUACAAAUCCAACCCGAGUUGCCCGAGAACGAGACAAGUCCAACUUCCACUUGGAUCAACUUCCUAACGCAACGAGUGUCGUCUUUGAAGAACCCAUUAUUGACCAAACCACCGUCGGCACAUGGAAACUCUUGUUGGAGGGAGCACCAAUCCCAACCGACAUGAAACACGCCGACAAAGAGUUAUCAAUCGCCUUCCGAUCUUCAUCACCACGAACCAAGACAUAUGGAAUUGGGUCGGUACAGACGACGUCAACCCCAUAAAACAGAGGAUAUUUGUGUUCCAUCUCAAAGUUACGAUAUCCUCCUUGAUUUCGCAACAAGCUCAAAUUCCCCAGCCUCCAAACAUCAUCACAAAGCAAGACAUAUACGCACUAUUCCUCCAUCAUCUCCAAUAUAUUCACGACGAAUAUACAGCUCUUCUCCAAUCCCUUCCCAGCUAUCCACGAGCCAUCGAUGUGUCAGAGCUACCCUAACCCCUUGGGGCACAACACAGAAGAAUUGUUCGCCGGCUUGGUUUUCGUUGGAGAAGGACGAGGGAUAAUAGAAAAAAAAAUUGAUUGAAUGGCAUAACAC